AUGAACGAUCGGUGGGAUCAUCAUCGAUCCUUGGAUGAAGAUGAAAUGAAAAUACGAAGUCUUUUUGAUGAGGACGUAACGGAUGAGGAGGAAAUUAAAAUUAAAGGCUUGUUUGAUGAUGAUGAUGAACUGGUGGAUGAAAAACAACAACAACAACAAUUGAUGAUUAUCCCUUCUCUGUUUUCUAUACAGAAUGAAGAAUCGAAUUUUGAUGAUUGGAAUUUCAAUAAUAGCCGUGCAUCAAUGCUCAUUCGAUUGUUACCUCCAGAGAUUCAUUAUUUAAUAUUAACUUUUGUCGAUUUCAAAACAUUACUAACAUGCCAAUUGGUAUCCAAACAAUGGUAUGAUUUUGCCUCAAGAGAAGAGAUUUGGUAUCCGUUUUAUGGGCACAUGAUUGAUGCAAAAUCCUUGAGAAAUAUUGUGAAUCAGAUCAAUUCAACUGGAGGGUUAACAGUGAAUGAUUUUACAAUUUAUGAUAAAGAUGGCAUUGCCCUAGUUCCAAGACAACAACAUUUAUCAGAAGAAUAUUUAUCAUGGAUGUUACAAGAAAGAGAAGCAGAAGACAAUGAAACAUGUGUCAAAACGACAGUACCUUCUGAAAAGGCGACAGAAGAUCACAAGCCAAGCUAUAGAUCAUUGUUCUUGAACAAGGCAGUUCACAAGUAUGAGAAAAAGCUACGAAAAAAGGAUCUCAUCGAAAUGUACAAUACUUUGAACAAGUUUGUUCAAUAUUUACCAAUGCUUAAGAAAAUUUGUUAUUUAUUCUUUAGCAUUGGAAUUUUAAUAUUCUCAUUGAUUCUUCCACUUCUGUUAGAAAAUGAUGGCAAUCUUAAAGAUAUAGAGUAUUUAGGAAAUUACUACAGUACCUAUGUACUUGUAUGUUACGGGCCAGUCUUUUUUAGCCAUGCUUGCUGCUUAGCAUUUUGCUAUUAUGUGUACCGUACACAUGUGAAUCUUUCGUACCAUGAUCAAAAUGAGAGACUAUUAAUUUUUUCAAUGACCAAUGUGACAAGCUACCUUUUGGACGUGACUUUUGAGACUCAACUACUCUGCUCAAUUCCCUUAGUAUUUUGCAUACCUAUUAUUAUGCAUAUUUUUGAUUGGGGACACACAGUGAGUAUGAUCCCUGUAGUCAUUGCCAUCAUGAUUCAAAAAUUGUUCUACUUUAUUUAUGAGGUUCAACGAGAGAAAAUUCUAAAGAGAAAGAAAUGGGAGACUCUACAAGAGUCACUGGCUUGCGUUCAAAAGAGAUCACAAAUUUAUCACACGCAAAUUUAUAAUGUUCAUUGGAUGUUUACUCCUCUAUGA